UUUCUUUACAUUUCAGUUACAUAUGCUGCAAAUUACGUGUUCAUUACGGCGCGUGUUCUCACACACCAAGUCCACGGUGUGUGGCGUUCGGCAGAAGCUCUGACUACUUCCUGUGUCAAAGCAAGGAAAAUGCCAUUACUGCACUGUUGACGGAAAUUCAAACAUCAAUUCCUAAACUAAUACAUACCCUGCCCUUCGUCGACCAAAUAUAAUCAAAUAGAUACAUAUAUAAAAAAAUGGGCGUAUGUACCUUAUUAUUUCUGUGUUAGUAUAACGGGACGAGGGUUGUUAACGGGAGUUUGGCCAGGGGAGAGCGUUACGCUGGUGGCGUAAUUUACGACGUUUACUUACGUUUUCUCCAACGAAACACUUCUGAGAAUGGCUACACUUUACGCAAAUUGUCACACACACACACACACCGUGAACAGUCAGCAGUAGAGCUCUAUCCUGAAUACAUUUGGUUCCAAUCUGAGGAUUUUUGGAGGUUUAUAAAAGAUGGAUUUAUAUCGAUGAAGCUCCCGGUGUUUCGCACACCGGAUUUCAGGGAUCGGACGGGACCAGCAACACCACCCUGGAAUAUCUGCCUGUAUAUGGAGAUGGAUGUUUUGCAUUGUAAUUAAUGAACCCUGUGUUAUGGAGCAACCUGCAGACUGAACAUAAACAGCUUAUCAUGAAUCACGUCAAGUAUCCGAAAGGGCCGGAAUCUCUUUUGCAUCGGCAGGACUCAUUAGGUUUGAAUGGUCUCUUGACUUCACCUAAAGUUUUGUAUUGUGAGAAAUGCGGAUUUGCCUCUACACAGACUGAAGAUUUUGAGAAUCACAUGCGGGAGCAUGGUACUCCCUUUUACUGCUUUUACUGCAAUCACGUCUCCUACAGUAAGAAGGAGCUGGAGAUUCAUUUGCUACAGCACAAGUUCCCGUUCAGAUGCCAGUUCUGUGGACAAGGGUAUAUGAGGAGGGCGCACCUAUUGAAACAUAUUGAGCGCUUGCACAGUAAAGAUGCUGGCCCAGAGUUAAACCAUGCUCAGACGACCUUACCAGAGACACUUUCUCUCUCGACUGCGUUUGCGCCUGGAGUUCAUAGAACUAGCGUGCCCACUGUAAAGGUUAGAAUACCAGUCCCUGUUGCGAGAAAUGACCACGGCAUCAAAGGCAGACAGCACAGCAGAAGGGUAGACUUGAACGUUAUCCACGCCCCCAAACUGAGCUCAGAGCUAAUGUCCCCAGGGAAAAACUUUGUUCAGCAUAAUAUGGCUCUGACGGUCCCACUUCCAGAAGAAGUCUCCAUCCCUGCCGGCUGCGUGGUGGAGCUGAUUGAGGUGAAGACCGUCAACGGUACAAAGGAAUUGAAGCUGAGACUUGUGUCUCAACAAGAACAUAAAUCUGUGCUGGACGACACAGUGUUACCACAUUCCGCAUCAGUGAACCCCUUGUCAUCCGCUGUGAACCAUCAACACCUCCUAAAGUUGGGUAAUGCGGAGAAAAGCAGCGUUAACCGUAGAAUAUACACGGCAAAGGACGUUCAUGUAGAACGACCGGCCACCUAUCAGACUAUUGCAGCCCAAACCGCCCUGAACACAUUCCAGAGAGGCAUGUCUGGAACAAAAAGAACACUGAAAGAGUCGCUGAUCCGCAAUGUGGAUAUCCCCUACGCUUUACCAACCAAGGUGCCCAGAAUCACUGUUUAUCCAACAAGGCAGGACGUGGAUGCACCCAUAACACAGACAGUCACACUGAAACCUCGCACAGAAUACCCUACACCGGUCAUCACUGGCAGGGUGGCCAAGGAGAUCAGCAGCGCUGCCAUUCAGGCAAGCAAGGGAACACUGUCGUCCUGUAAACCGACACACCGGGAAAACAACCCAGUUGUGGAAUGUACCGCAUUCCCCCCUGAGUUACAGGUGGCUGUGAAAGAGGAGCCCAACGAUCUCGGUAACAAGACAACAGCUACUCCCGAGAUAAAGGAAGAACCACUGAAGCGGAAUGACCAAACAAGACGAAGCACAACGUCUCCUUCCAUUUCCUCGAGCGUUUCCACUACUGCCCUAGCCAGCACAACCACGCAAAUCUUCCCGGAGUGCAAAAGGGAAAAUGUGGCCGUGGAUUCGACUAUACUGAUGACCAUGCUGAAGAGACCUGGAAGCAUUCUGCUUGAUCCUGAGUCCACCAAACAAACCAAGAUGGAGGAUCAUUUAUCUCCCCAUAAGUCCUCCAUUUGGUCAGCAUCGGGGCCAGGUUGUAAUAGGCGUUUUGAGGCCUUUCCCGUUAUCUCAUCCGUUUUUUCUUUAAGUCAACAGCAGGACGAGGUACAGAGUUCAAUACGACCCUUGGUCAAGGAAUUGCGUGGAAUAGUUAUGAGGAAGGAGAGCCCGUCAGUGCAGGUGUCUGCAGAUCGCACUGAAAUAAGAGGGGCAAUUACUGAACCCAAAGAGGAGGUGGAGUCAACUAUUCACUGUGUGCCAGAGGACAAAAAGGAUAAUGCUGGUACCGGAAAAGGAUUACUAACCGAAGGGUCCUGUGAUGUCACAAGUCCACCUUCGAAACAUUGUUCUCAACAGACUCAAACACAAGCUAAGACAUAUUAUGUCAAGGAAGAAACCUCCAGCACUAAAGGGAAAGACGGUAACCAAAAUAAUCAAAUUCCCACCACCCAACGUGAGCCCUUGACUGCUCAACAGCAAGCCUGCAUCAACAACACACCUAAUAUUUAUCCUGUUGCUGGAGACAGUCAAGGUCACUUGCCACAAUCUGCCUUCAGGAGGGAGGACAGCUCCUCAAAAUUCCUCACCGUCUCUUUAGAAAGGAUGCAGAUGGACUUCUGGACAAAAAAGAUCCCUAAGCUUUCAAAAACGAGGAUUCCCUCUCCCGUGCGGGGGCUGUGCCACAAAGCUUUUCUUUACCCAGCCCCGUUGAGACUGGGCCAGCCGGUGAUACGUCCGGGACCGAACCAACCGGUCGUAGUGCUGAACCACCCCAAACCCAUAGUCCCCAAAAGGACUGAGGUGGACCACCUUUCAGAACCACUCGUCUCCACCGAGGUGCUUCCCAAGUGCCAGAUCCUGAAGAUGCGGUUGAGCAAAGUGAUGGGAGAGAAGUACGAGGUCAUUGGGUGCACUGUAGGGUUUUUUCCCUGAGGUUGUUUUUGCAUAAAGCAAUAUGAAUAACAUACUGAAAGUUGAGCUACAUUCAAAUAAUCCCAAUUGUACAAUAGCAUCUGUGAAAGGAAAGUUGUAUAUUUACCAGUUGAACAUUGUUUCUUUGGGCGUGGGAAUAUGGUAUGUACAUACAUGUGUGUGUAUAUAGUGCAAUGCUGUCUCCCUACCUUUGGUGAUGGAAUGUGGACCAUCUAUUGUGGUAGCUGUUUCAGUGACCCAAGUGUGGCUUGCUUUGGAACCACACUAAUAAUAGAUUGUAGUAAUUACUGAUCUACCUGAUUGUAUUUGUAAUUACUAAUUACUGUCCGACUGUCCGUGUAGGCUUUUAGGUUGAAAUGCGGUAUUGAUUCUCUGCCAAUGCAUGUGCGGCAUAAGCUUAGUGCAAUAUGUCUUAAAAUGUACAGUUUGUCUUGCGCUUGGUGUUGCUAGUCUACCCAUCCAUUAUGCUGAGGCAACAUUUACUGUUCACAUUUCAAGAACACGGACAAGCAAACUGCUUGAACUGCUGUUCAUACAAAAUACAAAAACAUUAAAAUACUAGCUCUCUCCCUGACCAAACUAUACUCUUUAUGAGUAUAGUCUACCGAGGAAAAUCAACUCGUCAAAAUAUUGUUCGCUGUGAUGAUGCACAAUACUCUUUUAUAGAAGAAAAGGUGUAUUUAAUUUUUCCAACUUAAUCUAUUUAUGCUUACGUAUUUUCUUAUCUCUAAUGUAACUAAUGGUAUACCGUGAUGAAAAUAUUUUCUAGUUUGAUUUAGACGUUUAACAUUAUGCAUAUAUAUAUAUUUGAACUGCAGUAUUAUAUCUUGCAUUUUGUUUUUAAACAUUUUUCUCAAUAUAAAGUGCUGCAGUGCAGACAUCAGUCUGAGUUUAACAUACUUUUAUUGUUUUUCUUUAACAGCAUUUCUUUGUUUGUUCCUUCUCAAUGAUAAAUGGACAGAUCAGAAAAUUGUGUAACACUGUUGAACCACUACAACAACACAAGAAAUGUAAAAUACUUUUAAAUUAAUUGUCAAUAUUCAUUUGACAGUCUUUCUUAUCUGUUUUGCCAUCAUCUGCAUUUUAUUAACAAAAUCUUUUUAUUAUUAACUUUUUUAUUAAUAAAACAUAUAUUGUGAAUUAAGUCGUCUGCUGUUCCUCAACACAUACACCAGCCAUGUAAACUGCGGGAACAGAACCUUAAGGGAAUCAAUUUUAAGCAUUUAACCACCUUAAUCAUGUAUAUAUUUUUGUGUCUUGACUAAUUCCCCCACAUAAAACUAAGUCAAUUAAACUAAUAUCCGAUGACUAUGAUACACCCAUGCAUGGCUUAAAUUGUAUUCAGCAUCUCAUGUAAAUCAUGCUUUUAUUAUAUUACUACAAACGUUAUUGUAGUUUCUCCAUCUGGUUUUACUGUGGGGGAACCACAGGUUUCUAGUUGUUUCUGUAAAUAAUCACAAGCUCAGGAAUCAAAAAUGAGGCUGUGUCUACUCAGAGACAUCAAACAUUUAGAUACACAAACCGGCCAUUCCACCAUGGGUUGGAAUGCCCCGAAGCAGGCUUUGAAGUGUUAGCUGUACUGGAAUGAACAGGAAUGUAAGUAUUGACAGGACAAACAGUUGCACUGAUAAAAUUGUGUGUAUCAUCACACCUGUGCGAGAGAGAAUGCUACACAACUACUACACAAGAAGACAAGAACAUGAACCUCUUUGUAGCUGGAGUGUGUUGGUGCUGGGGCCUGUUAACAGAGAGAUAACAGCCACAACUGAAUAUCACCAUGUAAUUAAAUGGUCACAUACACAUCGGAGUGCAAGUUUAACAGCACUCAAAGGAAUAUGAUUCAAUUAGAGAGAGGAAUCCUCUCUCUCUAAUGGGGAGACAUAAAUUUCCAAGGAGAAUGUAUACAAAUUCCUUUUCAAUUGACAUAAAAAAGGUUUAUAUAGUUUGUAUAUGUAACACUGUUGUUUUUUAUUGGUCGUCAUGAAAAAAAACACAAGGGGUAACACUCAGAGUUCCCGUUGUCCGGUAAUUACCAGGCUUUAACCGGAAAAAAUGAAGAGGACCGAAAAAUACUAAAUGUCUCCGGUCUUCAGAAUGACCGAUUGCAAAUAAAACAUAAGGGGUAACACUGGUCUUUUUUACUGGUCGUCAUGAAUAAAAACAUAAGGGUUAACACUGUUUUUUUUUAUUGGUCGUCAUGAAAAAAAACAUAAGGGGUAACACUGUUGUCUUUGUCAAAUAAAAUAUAAGGGUAACAGAGUGCACUCCGCUGCACCACUGAGGCGAUGACAUUGC